UCUGGGGUUCCCUCCUUUUCUCCUCCCCCUUCUUCUUAAGCGUGCCCGCUCUGCUUGGACGGUGGCUGCAUCGAUGCAAAAUGGGUUGUGGCAAUUCCUCAGCCACCAGCACCUCAGGAGGGGGGCCAGCAGAAGUCUCCAAAGAUGUGACAGAAGAUCCUUCGGCAGAAGAUGAGAAAAGAAGGAACUAUGGUGGCGUAUAUGUAGGUCUACCUGCAGACCUGACCACUGUGGCUGCUAGUCAGUCCAAGUCCACGCGUAAAGACUAGCAGCUACUGAAGGGAACACAAAACAGGGGCCUGCAUAUUCAUUCACCUAGAGACACUCGCAUUACAAGCAGAGAGCAUGUAAGUGCUCCGAUUUUGGCUCACCACACACUGAAUAAAGACUCAGGCUUUAACACUCUCAUUGAGAG